AGGAUGAAGAAGAAGUAUCUUCUCGUGGACAGCGUGGUUGCAUGGGUGUUGGUAACAUCUUCAGUCAGUGUCCAAUGAAAGCCCGCCUUGAUAGGUUGGAGCGGAGUGUGUGUUGCCGUCUUCUACGUUCGUAAAGUUGGUGUCCUGUGUGUAUUCGCGAUGCUAUCUCUAUCGGUUUUACAAAUUUGUAUUCUGUUUUUGGUGUCAGGAGCUUUGGGAAUUUUUGGAGAGCAUCAUCGACAAAAACGCCAACUGUUCCGCGAGCAAGUGCUCCCUCACACAGGCGGCAAAAUCCCAGAGGACGCGUUCCGAUCUGACCGUCUGGCGUUGAACCGGCUGAACAAGGAGGGCAUCGCCGUCCCGGACGGCGUUCUGCUAGAGGCACGUCACCACGAGGCACACCAUUCCUCGCACCGGAACGACCCCGACAUCACGCAGAGCAUCAUUCGGCUAGUGCAGAAGCCGGACGGUCGCUAUGCGCCUCCGGAAGGCAACUACCCGUUCGACCAUCUCAUCGAAUCCACCUACAUCAUUCGUCCGCCAAUCAGCGCCAAGCAUUCUCUGAGGUUGCCGCCGUUCAAACCUAUCGAGAUCCCAUUAAGAAUACCCUCGGAACCAUUCUUUCCUUCGGAGGAAGAUGUUUUCCACCUGACAAACCACAUUGACAGCUUCUACAAUUACAACCAUCUUGAUGAUGAGAGGGCCUGGCCCGGACUCACGCCUUUAUACCAUGGGGCAGCUGGAAGGAUUUUGAGAGAGGUCGGAACCAACCCAAACAACUACGCGGCGGCUUCAAUGCUCCACCACAAAGUCAAGGAGCCUCCGCCACGGCUUCACCCCUUUCAACCGCAGAAAUCAGUGACAAGGAACCUCAAUUCGCUCCAGAAACGGCCAGAAGUUCCCAAAAAUGAGACAGCUCCCAAUUUCAGCGGCAUGCCGAAGACUAAUUUCAAAUGUACGGCUAGUUCGCCUCGGAUGAUUGCUGAUCCUGAAGGAGGAUGUCAGGUGUUCCAUCUGUGCCACAUGGACGGCCACAAAGAAUCGUUUAUGUGUCCGAAAGGCAUGAGGUUCCACGCCGGGAAAAGCCAGUGCUUACAUUGGCAACAAGUGCCCUGUAAUGCUCGAUGAAAUGUGCCAUUUUAUGAGAACUUUUGAAAAAUCUCCAUGUGCUAAAGACGUACAAAACGUGUUUCAUCAUGAGACAAUAACGAUUCACAGAACUUUGGGAAACUCUCCAUGUGCUAAAUAAGUACAAAACGUUUUCCAUCAUAAGUCAAUUGUAAUGAUUUAUAGAACUUUGUCAAACACUCCAUAUGUUAAAGUACAGUGCAAAACGUGUACCAUCAUAAGAUGAUAAUGAAACUUCAUAGAGCUUUGAGAGACUCUCCAUGUGCUUAAUGAGUACAAAACGUUUUCCAUCAUAAGUCAAUUGUAAUAAUUCAUAGAACUUUCACAAACUCUCCAUAUGUUGAAGUAGUGCAAAACGUGUUCCAUCAUAAGAUGAUGAUAAAUAUUCAUAGAACUUUGAGAGACUCUCCAUGUAUUAAAGAAGUACAAAACGUGCUCCAUCAUAAGCAAUAAAUUAUAAUAAUUCAUAGAACACUGACAAACUCUUCAUGUGUUAAAGUAGUGCAAAACGUGUUCCAUCAUAAGAUGAUGAUAAAUAUUCAUAGAACUUUGAGAGACUCUCCAUGUAUUAAAGAAGUACAAAACGUGCUCCAUCAUAAGCAAUUAUAAUAAUUCAUAGAACUUUGACAAACUCUUCAUGUGUUAAAGUAGUUCAAAACGUGUUCCAUUAUAAGAUGAUAAUGAAAUAUUGAAUGAAAAAGACUAAGAAAUUGUCAAAAACCACAGAUUUAUUGAUACUUAGAAAGACCGGUUUCGGUUAUUAC